AGUGGUCGUCUGUUGUUUAGGUUGAGUUGAUCCACCGUGUAUAAAACUUUGACUUUGACUUUGAAUUGAAUCCAACACGUUAGCAGUGUUGAAUAAGUCAUUAACACGGAACAGGCACGCUAUUAUUUUAUCAACAUAAUAUUAAUCAACCAACCCAAGAAGACGAUACAUACUAUACACAUAUGUAUAUACGGUAAUAACCAACGUACUCCACUGAUCAUAAUAAUUAAAAUAAUGUUCUUAAUUAUUAUACUAAUCUAAUCUAUUCGUUUAUUUCCAAUAGCACAGCCACGUGCACCACAAACUCAGGAUUGGACCAGCAAGCAAGUGAAGCUGAAGUUGAGUGGAUGACACGACAAAGCCCUAAAUAUCCACUAACCAUUGGUAAACUGACCCAACCCAUACCCAAAUGCAAACCCCAAUCCAUGCCCGCCUUUUUUAUUUCAUUUUACCCUAUUUACUUCCACUUAUUUACUAAUCACAUUUCACCCUUGCUUCAAACCCAAGCCCAAGCCCAACCUCACUCCAUGCCGCACUUUUUUUCUAAAAUAAAAAUUAAAAAAAUUACUACUCAACUACUGGUAGUAAUAAUUUGUAGGAAUUACUAGUAGUAAUUUUUUAUCCUUUUUACCGUGAAUAAUAGAUGGAGCUUUUCAACGGCGGCCGGGAGGCGUUUCCUCAACACGUGGCGCCAUUCCCUGAUGCAACGGCUAUAAUUGAAACUGCGGAGGAUUCAAUGACGUGGGAUCACCGUCCAAAUCUGCCUCUGCAAAAGCUAAGGCCUAUCAGGUACAACAUGAGGUCCCCGGCGAUCUCAAAGGCGGAGGAUCCCUUGGAGUUCACGGAGGCAGUUGAACUUGUGGGUGAUAAGGUGUGUGCGGUAAACGGAGAUUGCUGUGAGUGCUUGGAACCUCCUAUUAAAGCAGAAGUUGGUGACGUGUUGUAUACUGGCGGCGGCGAGGAAGAGGGGCCGCCAAGCUCGGAGCAGGGAGGGGAGCCUUCUGGCUCAUCUUCAGAUAGUGAUGAUAAUGAUUCGUCAGCAACUGUGAACGAACCUCUGAAUAAGAAGAGGAAGCGAAAAAGAAGGAAAAAGAUCGAACUUUUCCUGGAAAAAUUGGUCAUGAAAGUGAUGGAUAAGCAGGAACAGAUGCAUAAGCAGUUGAUAGAGAUGAUUGAGAAGAGGGAAAGGGAGAGAAUAAUUAGAGAGGAGGCAUGGAAACAGCAGGAGAUGGAAAGGAUAAAAAGGGAUGAGGAGGCAAGAGCUCAAGAGACUUCUCGUAGCUUAGCUCUCAUUUCCUUUAUCCAGAAUGCUUUGGGCCAUGAAACUGAAAUACCCAUGCAAUCAACAAUGUCAUGUAUGGAGGAAAAUGGAGGGGAAGACAUUAGUGAAUAUCACAUUCAAAAGGACAUGAUUAAUCCAUUUGAACCAAUAAAAAGAUGGCCAGAAGGGAAAAUGCAAGUUAAUGGGGGUGAAAAUCAUGUUGAUAAAGAAAUUGGCAUCAACUGUGAUCCAAAUAAUAGGAGAUGGCCAGAUGCAGAAGUGCAAGCCCUGAUAAUGCUUCGAAGCGCUUUGGAACAUAAAUUUCCUGUUACGGGCCACAAGUGCUCUAUAUGGGAUGAGAUAUCUGUUGGGAUGUAUAAUAUGGGCUACUGUCGAAGUGCAAAGAAGUGUAAAGAGAAAUGGGAAAAUAUCAAUAAAUACUUCAGAAAGUCUAUGGGAAGUGGUAAGAAGCAUAUGGAAAAUAGCAAGAGAUGCGCAUAUUUUCAUGAUUUGCACAUGCUGUACAAGAACGGACUUGGUAGUCCAGCAAACCAUGUGAACUGUGCCAAAGUUGGGAAUGAAGAAAAUGUUGAAAGCAUGAAAGGUAGUGAAUGUUAAUAAAUUAGGCUUGGUUUUAGCUUUUAAGGAUGGCUUGGCUGUGACUGCAGGAACCUUGAAGCAUGAAAAGUAGAAAAGAGAUACACUAGGAUUGGUUUUAAGGAUUCUUGUGAGUGCAGAGGCCUCAAAGCGGAUUAUGAGAUGUGAAUGUGGUAGGCACCUGAUAUUAUUGUUGGACUUUUGAAUCUAUUUCUAUGUCCAUUUUUUACGGUUGUGGAAAACUUUCCUGGGUCAUUUAAUUAUAACCUCAUCUUCUGUUAAUUGUUUUCUGUCUAAGAAAGAGAGGUUAUGCAAUUUUAGCUGGUUGUUAGACCCAAAGCAUCUAGCCGAAGAUAUAUGGAACGCCGUGUUUGAUUUACAAUUUACAUCUUUUUUCCUUCUUAGUCGAUUAUUACCCUCAUCUUGUCUGUUUUCUUUUUUAAAUAAAAAACAUAUAUUAAAUUCAGAAAAAAAAAAUCUGAAAGAACAAGAUGAUUCGUUGUUUCUUUUGGAUGACCACUUAUUUAUCGACAGUCUUCUCUCCUCAAAGAAGUCAACAAGAUUGCAUUUCAGGCCUUGUAGUUUGUUACAUUCCUCGUGAAACAGCAGCAGAGCCAGAAUCCGAUACUGUUUUUCGGGUAUCCUGCUGCAGAUUGUUUCUCUUUCUGUACGAACAAUGAGCCUCGCUUUUCUUCAAUUUGUUUAUUUGGUUUUUUUUUUUUUUUUUAAAUAUCACGUAACAUGAUAGGAUUAAUCGUCCAGUCAAUAUUACAAAGAUGCAAGAUGUCCGUUGUAUUCUGUAGAAAGCAACAAUAUGCAUGGUUGACGUACAGAUAAACUGAAAUGUUAUUCGAAUUCAUAAGGCAGUAGCAAUUAAUUUCUAAUGAACAACCAAAAUGGAAAAAGCUGUGUAUCGGCGGUUAAUAUUUCGACCACAGCAUUGUCAUCGGAUACAAAUGAAUAGAAGAAGAAACAUCAUCAUUUGGAGGCAUCAGUGAGGUAGAUGAAAAUGGCAACCAACACCAAAGCGAUGAUGAAGAGAAUGUAAACAGGAGGAGGUUGCAAUGGUCCCAUUCCUAACGGACCCAAAAAACACAACAGCGUACGUCCACCACAGCAUCAUGGCUAUCGAACCAAUGCCGCACCCUUACUCUUCCAUCUUGACUCUAUAUAUAUAUAUAUAUAUGUUAAGAGUACGUAUAACUAUAUAUUCGUACAGAAGAAGGGAGCUAAUGGAACCAAGACACAGGCAGAGGAGAAACAAUGAGAUAGGCAACAAACCGACGGCAUUACAGCCUGAUCAAUUCAAUGGUUUUUUCUUUCUCUUUUUUUUUUUUUUCUUUUUCUCUUCGAUUUUUCAUUUCAAAGAUGUACUUUUGGGAGGGAUUAAAUGAAAACAGACUAGUUUCUAAUUCCACUGACAACUGAUAUCACCAUAUGUUUUUCUUAUACUAUGAUGCUCCACCUCGACCAUCAUCACAUUCAAAUGAUUAUUAAUUACCAAUUGAUCAACUGAUCAAAUUUAAGCAGCGAGAUUGAUGAGCCGCACCUAGGACUACAAGUUUGGUUAGCGGAUUUA